AGUUUUAUUUUAUUUUGAUAUUUUGGAGUACAUUGGGAUUUCAAUAAUAUAAUUGGUUUUGUUUGUCAUCUCAUCUGAGUCCUUUUCUUGCUAAAAACAGUGAAAACUCAUGAAAGUUUAGGACUUUUCAGGUCCCCUUCUUCAAUCACAGAGGACCCAUCUUUUGUUUUUUUGGUAUUAUUUUUUAAAGCUUAGUUCUUUUAUUUUUUUCUCCUGUUCAUGGAUCCCAAGAGCUCAAACUCAAAGAACCCACAUGAAUUACCUAACUUCUUGACUCACCCUCCUCAACCAGCCCUACAGCAACAACAACAACCACAACAAGAACAACAACAUCAAAACCAGAAACAACAGACAAACAUGGGAGAGAAUAAACCAGCAGAAAUCAAAGAUUUCCAGAUUGUUAUUGCAGAUAAAGAAGAGCAGAAGAAACAGUUAGCACCAAAAAGAAGCUCAAACAAAGACAGACAUACGAAAGUUGAAGGAAGAGGGAGGAGGAUAAGGAUGCCAGCACUUUGUGCAGCAAGAAUCUUUCAAUUGACAAGAGAAUUGGGUCAUAAAUCUGAUGGGGAAACAAUACAGUGGUUAUUACAACAAGCUGAACCAUCUAUAAUUGCUGCAACUGGGACAGGAACGAUACCAGCAUCAGCUUUGGUAGCUGCUGGUGGAUCAGUUUCACAGCAAGGGACUUCUCUAUCAGCUGGAUUACACCAAAAGAUUGAUGAUUUAGGUGGGUCCAGUAGUAUUACUAGUAGUAAUAGUAGGACAAGUUGGGCAAUGGUAGGUGGCAAUUUAGGGAGACCCCAUCAUGUGGCAACAACAGGGUUAUGGCCCCCAGUUGGUGGUUUUGGAUUCCAGUCAUCAUCUACUACUACUGGUCCAGUAACAUCAAAUUUGGGAAAUGAAAGUUCUAGUUAUUUGCAAAAAAUUGGGUUUCCUGGGUUUGAUUUGCCAGGGAAUAAUAUGGGACCUAUGAGUUUUACCUCAAUCUUGGGUGGGACUAGCAACCAGCAGAUACCUGGUUUGGAGCUUGGGUUGUCACAAGAUGGUCAUAUUGGGGUUUUGAAUUCACAAGCUUUUAGUCAGAUUUAUCAGCAGAUGGGGCAGGCCAGAGUGCAGCACCAGCACCAGCACCAGCACCAGCAAAAUCCUGCUAAGGAUGAUUCUCAAGGGUCAGGACAGUAAUAGUAUUAAUAGUGGUAGACAUUCUUGAUGUUGAGAGAAGCUGAGUGAUUUUUAUGAUGGUUUUUUUAUUGUAUAAUUGGCAAAAGCAAAAGACGCGAGAGAGGAAAAAGAAAAAAAAAAAGAAGAGAUACUUAGAAAAUUGAAUAGGAACUGGUUUUGGAUUGCCUUUUACUCUACACUUCAUCAUUCAUAUCUCCAUAGACAGGUGGAAUUGUGCACGGCCAAAUAGUUUGAGUUUGGGCUUAACUUCUUAUCUAGUUCAAAAGGUGUGUUGAUUAUGGUGUAAGGCAUCUUUAAUUAUUUUGUUCUUCCCUUUCCCUGGAUGCAGUGAUCUUCAGUUGUUUGUGAGAUUAAAUAGUUAUACAUAUAGUUGUCCAAUUUCCUAUUUCCAUCUAGAAAGCUUCUUACUUCUCUGGUAGAAGAAUAUCUUCUGUAAAGAAAGGGCAACUAGUUCUCACAUUUGGGUGUCUGCUACAAGCAUUUUACUUUCAUCUUGUGUCCAGUGUCUCUAGUCAUCACCUUAUAAUCCUUCAAAUAAAUUUAACUGCUUUCCUGUGUA